AUGAAAAAUUGCGUAAAGGGUUCAGGGUGUGCAGAUAAAGUAAGUGAGGCAGAUCGAACAUCAGCAGGUGGUACUGCUACCACAACACAAUAUAGUCUUAACAAUGGUGUCUUACCAUCUUUGGGAGCUCGGAGCAAUCGAGUAAUCACCCUCUCACGUUUUAUUAUUUCUCCAUUUGACUACCGUUACAAAGCAUGGAAGAUGUAUUUGGUACUAUUGGUUUUUUAUAGUGCAUGGGCAUCUACAUUCGAAUUUGGGUUCUUGAAAAGACCAUCAGUAAAAGCUCUAGCUAUUGCAGACAAUGUGGUUAAUGGGUUCUUCGCCAUUGAUAUAAUUCUGACCUUCUUCGUUGCAUAUCAAGAUAAAAAAACUUAUCUUCUUGUAGAUGAUGGAAAGAAGAUUUCCUGGAAGUACUUAAGAAGCUGGUUUUUUCUUGAUACAAUUUCAACAAUUCCUUCAGAACUUGUGCUUAAAAUUGUUCCAAACAAUGUCCAAAUAUAUGGAUUGUAUAAUAUGCUUCGUCUUUGGCGUCUUCAUCGAGUCAGCAGUAUGUUCGCCAGAUUGGAGAAAGAUCGAAAUAUCAACUAUUUUUUCAUUCGAGUGUGUAAGCUAAUUUGUGUGACAAUAUUUGUGGUGCAUUGUGCAGCCUGUUUUUACUAUCUACUUGCAGCCAAUUAUCCAGAUCCUAAAAAAACAUGGAUAGCUUUAACAAUACAGAAUUUUGAGACGGAAAGUUUAUCGCAUCUGUACGUAGUGUCCAUAUAUUGGUCGAUAACCACGCUUGCAACAGUGGGUUAUGGGGAUUUGCACCCAGUUAAUACAAGGGAGAUGAUUUUUGACAUCUUUUAUAUGCUCUUCAAUCUUGGAAUGACUGCAUAUUUGAUUGGCAAUAUGACCAACUUAGUGGUUCAUCAUACUAGCAGAACCCGUGACUUUAGAGACAAACUUCAAGCAGCAUCAAGCUUUGCACAAAGGAAUAAACUUCCAAUUCGAUUGCAAGAUCAAAUGAUUGGUCACUUGUGUUUGAAAUAUAGAGCAGAUUCCGAAGGUUUACAACAACAAGAAGUUCUUGAAUCUCUUCCUAAGGCCAUCAAAUCCAGCAUUUCACAUUACCUCUUCUACACUAUUAUUGAUAAGGUUUAUUUAUUUCAGGACGUGUCCAAUGACUUGUUGUUCCAAUUGGUUUCAGAGAUGAAAGCUGAAUACUUUCCACCAAAUGAAGAUGUAAUUUUGCAGAAUGAGGCACCCACAGAUCUUUAUGUACUAGUUACUGGUUUGAUGGAAUUAAUUUUGCACAGAAAUGGAGUUGAACAAGUUGUUAGAGAGGUAAAGCCAGGAGAUCUUUGUGGGGAGAUAGGAGUUUUGUGUUAUAGACCACAACUUUUUACAGUUCGCACUAAGAGAUUGUGUCAGCUGCUACGUCUCAAUCGUACAAACCUUCUCAAUCUUGUCCAAGCUAAUGUUGGGGAUGGCGCAGUUAUCAUGAAUAAUCUUAUUGAGCAUUUAAGUGAGCAGGAGGAUCCAUUACUGAAAUCUCUAGUAGUUGACAUUGAGAAAAUGUUGGUAGAAGGUCAAACAGAUUUUCCACUUGGUUUAUGUUUCGCGGCUGCAAGAGGAGAUGUAACAUUCAUGGAACGUUUGCUUAAGCGAGGCACUAAUCCAAAUGAGAGAGGCAUUAAAGAUCGCACUGCAUUGCACAUUGCAGCUGCCAAUGGAAAUAAAAGUUGUGUCACUCUCUUGUUAAAACAUGGGGCUGAUCCAAAUGUGGCAGAUGCAGAAGGAAACGUUCCAUUAUGGGAUGCCAUAAUGGGGAAGAAUCCUAAUAAGUCAUUGAUAAAUUUACUGGUCGAAAAUGGUGCAAAUCUAUCCUCCGGAGAUGUACCUAAUUAUGCUUGCUAUGCUAUUGAGCAAGACAACCUAACACUUCUACAAGAUAUCAUCAAAUACGGUGGAGAUGUUACGUUGCCUAAAAGCAGCGACGAUGGAAUAACACCCCUUCACGCAGCAAUUACAAGUCGAAACAUCAAAAUGAUUGAAUUGUUGUUAGAGCAAGGAGUAGAUGUUGAUUUGUCCGAUAGAAAUGGACUGACACCAAGGAUUUUGGCCGAUCUUCAAGGGGAUGACGAAAUUAAGUCAUUAAUUAGUACUGCAAGGAAGAAGAAACAAACCGGGUCAGAUGAAUCAGAUAAUAAUAAUAAUAAUAAUAAUAAUAAUAAUAAUAAUAAUAAUAAUAAUAAUAAUAAUAAUAAUAAUAAUAAUGCAGUGAUUUAUGAUAAGAAAACUGGGUCUACGUCUCUUAAGAAGUAUCCAAGUACAGGUACAUUAAUGGAGGAUGUUAGUUUGGUUUCGACUCCGCCUGAGACUUGUGUGCCUGAUCAGCACGCUAGAGGUCGAGCUAACACUUUUAGAAAUUCACUUUUUGGGGUUGUCUCGGCUGCUUCAAGAGGAGAAGCAUCUAGUAGUAAUAACAAUUUUACAAACCCAACAAUGACUGAAAGGAAAUUUACGAGAGUGACAGUGAGCUGCCCAGGAAAAAGUGAGGCUUCAAAACUUGUGAAGCUACCCAACACAAUUGAAGAACUACUAGCAAUUGGUAGUGAAAAAUUGGGAUGUCGUUGCAUUAAAGUGGUCUCAUUACAAGGAGCUGAAAUUAAUGAUAUACAACUUAUAAGAGACGGUGAUAAACUAUCUUUGCUUUGCGAAUGACAAAUGACAAUAAUCUAUUUCUAUUUUGUGAUAACAUUUUUGCUAAACAUUUUUCUUAAAAAUGAGUCACAAUUACUUCAUGAGG